AUGAAUGAAGAGAAGGAUGAAAAUUUAAAACCUUUUUCAAGGUCUAAAUAUCCUCAAUCGUUGAUGAUAGAUAUGUCUAGAUCUUAUAUGACAAAACAAGAUAGAAUAAAUGCAUUAAAUUUAUAUAUUCAGAAAUCUUCUUAUAAUCCGCAGUUAUUACAAGAUGAUGAAGAAGAGGAUGAUGAGGGUGAGAGCGAAACUAUUGGGGACAUUAUUCUUCGUAUAUUAUCUAUAAUAUUUCCUGAUGUAUCUCCUGGUUUAUGGUUUUUUAUUCAUUUUAUAAUGAAUUUAAUAGUUUUGUGUGUAAGUUUAAGUUCUUUAUCUGAACCUAACGUACAUGAUCCGAUAUCAGAACCUAAAUAUAAUAGGAAGUUUAUAUAUGGAAGUAUGUAUUGUAGUUUUUUGAUAUUAGGUAUAAAUAUAGUUUCUUUUAGUAUAUUAAUGUCAUUGCAUGCACUAGUUCAAAAAUUCAUUUUAGAAAAACUAUUACAACCUAGUGCUUUAUGUGCAGCUUUUUAUAAUACGGUUGAUCCUGAAUUAGUUUAUUUAUUUUGGUCAUCAAUACAAAUAAUAUAUUGGAGAACGAAUAUAAUACUAAAAUCUGGAUCGAAUGAAAAUAAUAAUAAUAAUAAUUAUUAUAUUUUAAGAAUAUUUGGUUAUAAAGAUGAUGAAACACCUUUUAUGUUUUUAAAAAAUAUACAUUGGUUAAUUACCUUCCCAAUAUUAUUAUAUAUAGUCUUUGCAGUAAGAUUAUUAUUUUUAUCUAUUAUAUCUUUUAUUUUUGAAUUAGGUUUUUUGAUGAAUGCCCAUGAUUUACUUGGGAAAUAUUUAAGAAAAUAUGGUGUGCUACGUAAAUUUAAUAUCGAAUGGUUUAUGUUUGUAGCUGACAAACAAGAAAAUAUUAGAACAUUAUUUGGUUAUGAACUUUACCAAGAUGAACGAAUAAUGAAACAGAUAGAAACGGAUGAUAUUAGUAAAAAGUUUAUACAAAAUACAGCAGAAUUAUUAUUAUUUAAAAACUUGCCUCGAAAUUGUACAUGUUGUAAAAUAACAAUAAAUAGAAAUAAAAAAAAUACUAUGAAAUUAUUAUUACCACCUGUUUUUGAAGCAAAGAAUAUUAUCAAAUCAGAAAGUUCUUCUCUAAAAAAUUGGCUAGCUUGUCAUUAUGUUGUUAAUACACCACCUUUAUUGUUUUUAUUAAAUAAUAGCAUAGCCUUAACCAAUAAAAAUUCCAUACGAAAUGCAAGUGAUAUAUUUUUUAGACAAAUUAUUAUGUCUUUAAAAAUAUAUUAUCAAGAAAAAAAUGACACCUAUGCAUUUACCACAACACCUAUACAUAACAACAACAAUAAUAAUAAUAAUAACAACUACAACAAUAAUAAUAAUAAUAAUAAUAAUAAUAAUAAUAAUAACAUCUCCAUGGAUGGUUUGUUACCACACAGUAAUAUUCUUAAUAUUAAUACAAAUGAAAAGAAUCAAUUUUUUUUAAAACACAAAAAAACAUUUCCCUCUAAAACAAAUCCAAAUAAAAUAAUUCCACAGGAAAAAUUCAAAAAAAAAAAAAAAAACUUUCAUACAUAUUAUUCUUCUGAUGACGAUAAACAGAAAAAAAUUAAUCUAGAAAAUAUUUUUCAUGAUGUAGAUACAUAUGAUACUAAAGAUGAAGGAACAAAGGAGGAAAAUUUAACCGACGAGAAUAAAACAUCUCAUCAUAUGAUAUAUGAACAAAAUAUACAAAAGAUACAAUCUAUAAAGUUAAAUGAAAAUAUAAAAAAAAAUAAAAAAAGAGAUCCAUCCAAAAAUAAAUCCAAACAAACAAAUAAAACGAAAAAAAAAAAUAUACCAGGUGAACACAUGAACCAUAUAGGAAAAAUGUCCCAAACAAAAAAAGAAAAUGAUAUAAAUAUGGAAGAACAAAAUGACCAAAAAAAAAAAAAAAAAGAUAAUAUGGAUAAAAUGGAUAAUCUAUAUGUAAAAAAUCAAAUGAUUCAUAUAGAAGAAGAAAAUUAUAACGUAAAAAACGUAAAAAAUGUAAAAAAUAUAAAAAAUAUAAAAAUAAUUAAUAAUGACAUAGCAAACGAAAUAAGUGACACUACUAUGAAUAUUAUAGAACAUGAUCAAAUAAAUGAAAAACAAAAUUAUGAUAUUAUAACUACAACAAAAGAAAACAUCAUGAAUGGUUCGAAUAAAGAAAAUAUAGAUAUAUUACCAAAUGAAAAAUAUAAUGUGGACAAACAUAUACAUAAUAUAAAUAUAGAUAAAGAUUUAAAAGAUGGGUCUCAUUUUUAUGAUAUGACAAAUUCAAAUAUGAAUGAUACGAAGUUUAAUAUACUAAUAACACCUUCUUUCUCAACUAUUCAAAAUAAGAAGGAUAUUAAUGAUACCUGUGAAAAGGAUUAUACAUCUAACAAAAUAAACAAUAUAAACAAAAUAAACAAUAUAAACAAAAUAAACAAAAUGAUCCAUAAUGAUGAUGAUGAUGAUGAUAAUAAUAAUAAUAAUAAUAAUAUUAUUAUUUGUGAGGACGAAAUAAACCAAGAAUUAAAAUACAAUAUAAAGGGUGGUGAUAAAGAUGAAUAUCCUAACCAACUAGAAAAUUAUAAUAGCAUUUCAGUUCAAAUAAGUGAUUUUAAUAUUGAUGAUGUUUUGAAAAAAAAAUAUACAAAUGAAUCUAUACAUAAAAUGGAGAUAAAUAGUUUCGAAAAUAAUGAUAUAAUGAUACAAAAAAAUAAUGAGAUAUUACAAAAUGAUAACAACGAAAUAUCGCACAAUAAUAAUAAUAAUAAUAAUAAUAUUAAAAAAGAAGAUGAAUAUGAUAAUUAUUUAGAAGAUAAAGAUAAUAAGAAACAUAGUUUACAUUUCAAUGAUAUUCCUUUAUUAGGUGGUUUUCUUUUUAAAAGGAAUGAAGAAUCUAUUGAUGGUAAUAUUUCAAAUAUUAAUAAGAAUUCAUGUAAUGAAGAAGAUAUGAAUAAUAAUGAAAAUGUAGAAUACCAUAUUCCCUUUUAUAAGAAAAAGAAAGAAAAAAGUGGUCGGAAAUUAAAAUCGAGUGGGAAGGAAAAACAUACAUACGAAAUUAAUAAAGGUAGUAAGAAUAUAAAAAAUAGAUGGUCUUUAAAUAAGAAUACAUAUUAUUAUUAUCAUUCACAUUUACUUAAUGAAGAAAUGAAUAUAUUAGAAAGAAGUGAUGCUAUAAAUGUUAAAAAAUAUCGAGAAAAAUAUAAUAAGGAUAGGUUUAAAAUAUGUAAAAAGGUGUUUAGAUGUUUAUUUUGUAAAAGAUAUAAAAAAGAAGAAAGAUUAGAUAAGAUACGGAAGGAUAUUUCUUCUGAUUUAGAGGAUCCAUUUGUUAUGAAUGUAAAGAGUCCUAUACAAUUAACUUUGAGUGGAAAUGAAUAUAUUACAAAAGAUAUGAUAGAGGUUUUUUUAAAACCUGAAGAAACGGAAGAAUUUAUGAAAGAGUUUGAUUUAUCUGGACAUGGGAAAAUUGAUAUGAUUAUGUUUCGUAAUGCUAUAAAAAGGGCUAUAUCAUGUAGAAAAAAAUUUAUUAAAAGUUUAAAAGGUCAAGAAAGUAUAUUAAAAUUAGUAAGAAGAUUAAUGUCAAUAUUAUUAUCAUUUCUAGCUUCGGUUGUAUUAUUAUUUUUGUUUGGAGUAUCAGCAGAUACUAUUAUAGUAACAGGUGCAGCAUUUAUAACAGCAGUAACGGUUAUUUUAAGUUAUAUGUAUACUAAUUUUAUAACAUCUGUUAUAUUUAUAGCAUUUUCAAAUCCAUAUAAUAUAGGAGAUAGGAUAAGAUUAGAUGGUGGGGAAGCUAUGUAUAUUAAAAAAAUAAAAACAUAUACUACAGAAUUUGAGACAACUACUGGAAAAAUUGUAAUAUAUGAAAAUUCAAAAUUAAGUAAUGUGAAAAUAUAUAAUGAAAGUAGAUCUAAAAAUGCUUACAUUGAUAUAUCAUUCAAAGUAGAUAUAAAUACACCUUUAGUUGCACUUAAAGAAUUAAGAAAAAGUUUACAAUAUUUAGUAGACAGUAGACCAAGUGAUUUCUGUAAAACUAAAAAUUUAUAUUUUGGAUAUUCUCUACAACCAGGACAUUUUUAUGAAAUAAGUUUUUGGAUCAAAUGUGUUGAAGGAUGGGGUAACUGGAGGAAAGUUUUUGAAUUAAGAACAGAUAUAUAUGAUUUUAUUAUUUUACAAUUACGUAUUUUAAGUAUAUCUUAUAGAUUGCCAACUCAAAAAAUUGGAUUCACAGCUCCUCUUAAUAUAGCAGACGGUUAUAAUAAUAAUAAUAAUAAUAAUAUUAAUAAUAUACAAUCUAAUUAUAAUACGAAUCGUAAUAUAAAUAAUAAUAUGAAUAUUAAUACACAACAACCUAAAAUUAAUUAUCCACCUCAUGGGAAUAAUAAUUUCCCUACACAACAUCUCAGAUAUAAUAGGAAUAAACCUCUACAAUAUACUAGUCCACCUAAAGAAGCAAGAAAUCCUCUUUUUCUAGAAGCAGCAAAACAUAAAAGAGAAUUUGAUAUUUCAUCUCACCAAUCGAGUAAUGAACAGCAUGAAGCUCCAAUUCAUAUGAUAUAUAAUGAAGAUCUUAAUUUCGAAGAUCAACCUUUAAAAAAAAAUAAAGUUAAAUCUGUAUAUAAUUGUUACAAGUAUGUAAAAAGUAGAAAUGAUAAUAAUAUGGAUACAUCUAUUGAAAAUAGAAAUGGAUAUAUGUAUGAAUCGUAUCUACAAAAAAAUGAGGAUUAUAAUGAUUAUUUUAUAUAUAAUAAAAGAAUAAAAGAAACACAUGACUUUAAUACAAAGAAAAAUAUAAAUAUAAAUAAUAAUAAAAUGAACAACAAUAAGAAUAAUUUUUUGAUGAAUACAUUUCAAAACAAUGUCCAGUCCAUAAGUUCAAUGAAUAAUUACCAUGAUGUAUAUUAUAAUAAUGAUAAAUAUUAUAAGACAUUACAUGAACAACAAAAGUUGUAUAAUAAUAAUAAUAAUAUAAAAAAUAUUAACAAUCAUGAAAAUAUAGAUAAUAUAGAUAAUCAUAAUUAUAAUAGGAUAAACAAUAUAUUAUAUGACUAUACAAACAUGAACUUAAUAACUUCUGAUAAUUCUUAUUCGUAUGAUAAUAAAAAGAUAAUUAAAUGUAACAAUGUACCAGGCGUUUUAAAUAGUGAUGACUCUAAUCAUACAGACAAUAUGAAGGGAAAUAAUAUAUAUAGAAAUAACAAUCAUUUUAAUAAUAGUAGGAAUAAUAUGAAGGUUAAAAGCGGUGAUUAUUUUAAUCCUGUAUAUCCUUAUAAUGAUGAUAUAUAUACAGCACACAAAAAUAAAGAACCACAAAAUAUAUUUGAAAAUUUAUAUAAAUUAAAAAAAAUAUCUAACCCUAACUCGGAUGAAAAAAAUUAUUUUUCAUAUGACAGUUCUUCUGGAUAUGAUAGUUACGAUUGUGUUAAGCAUUUUACAUAUCUCCAUGAUAAAAAGCAAAACAUUUUAUUAAAAAGACGAAAGAUUAAAAUGGCUUAA